AGUUGCAUCAACAGGCUGUUGUUGAUGGCUGUCGCUGUUAUUCUUUUAUCGUGAAAAAGUUGUAUUAUAACAAGUAUAGAACUCUAAUUGCAAAAGAAAUGAAUCAGAAUCGUGUUAGAUUUAAUAUAGACUUACCGAUAGAAGAAAAAAUUUGCCGAGCGAUUGAAAAAUGUGAUUUGGGAGUUGUGCGAAGACUUUUAAAGUUUGGUGCGGACAUAAACGCUCAGACUGGUAAUGGGAUUACACCUAUGCACUGGGCUUGUGGGCUUGGUGAUGAAGCAGUUCACCGAGAGAUUGUCCAGCUUUUGUUGUCCAGCAAUGGGAAUCCUAAUGUGAAAUCUGUGGAAGGAAUCACACCAGUUCAUAUUGCUGCCAGUUGGGGAUUCAUAGGAGUCUUAAAAAUUCUUAUAGCAAAUGGAGGUGACCCGUGGUUUGAAGACCCAGAAGGUUGCAAUGCUUGGGAUUUGGCUCUUCAAAAAAAUCAAUGGAGUAUUCUGAAAUACCUUGCAUCAUACAUGGAAGAAGAUAAUGGUGAACCUUUGGAAGAUUCUGUUCAAUGUGUAUUUUUAAAGCUGAGAGAAGUAGAACUUGGAUCUUCACUUUCCAGCAGUAGUCUUAGCUACAAUAACCUUGGGUUCCUAGGAUCAGAAUCACUCACAAGUACUACUGCUCUUGAGGGUCUUGAUUCAAUUACAGACAGUACAUCAAACAACACUCUUAAUAUAGCAGUGUGUGAUUCAAUCGAUGUAACCAACACAUCAGCAAAUUCCGCCAUAGUAGUUGAAGAACAUAUAUAUUCUGAUACUGAGAAAGGAGUAGAAUUGGUCGAGUGGCACUAUCCUCCAAUUGUGAAUCAAAAUUCAGUUACGGAUGCUACCCUAAAUGAAGCUUUAUGUACAUCGUCUGAUGAUAAAAACUCAGUGAACUGGAUUGGCGAUUCGAUCGAUUCACAGCUUUUAUUUGACCAAUUGAAAUCACUUGGCAGUUGCCCUGGCCCUAUAACGCCAACGACUAAGCAAGUCUACCUGAGGCAAUUCUUUCGGCUGCGUCGUGAGAAGGCUGAGCAUGUCCCAUCACCAAAAAGGCUGGGGGUGUCUAAAGAACUUCAGACCAUGUUGCUUCAGUACCCAGGAUUGGAUAGCGAUACAAAGAUAGCCACACAUCUUGAUCGAUUACUUGUAACGCAUUUUACCUGUCCUGACCCGCUUAAGCCGUGGAGAGAGGGUUUGGCAAAGAAAUCUUUUAACUAUCUGCUGUUGGAUCCGCGAGUUACGGACAACCUACCCCUCAAUGAAUCCCAAAACCAACAAAAAUUGUUUAAACGCUUUGUAACCAGUAUAUUUUACAUCGGAAAGGGGAAACAAACAAGGCCCCACGAACAUCUAUACGAAGCAAUUAAACUGCGUUCACGACCGCAAUCAUUUCUUAAAGUUAGUAAGAAGGUAAAGCGAAUAUUAGAUAUCUGGAACGAUGGCUAUGGUGUAAUUUCAAUUCACGUCUUCCAAAAUUCGUUACCAGUCGAAGCGUUUUGUCGCGAAGCAGCGAUGAUAGAAGCGAUAGGUCUUAGUACCAUCACAAAUGUUAAGCGUGGCGACUACUAUGGCAUCUGUACGUCAUGGUCAAAUUCGGACAAGCGACGCUGGGGAUGUCUUUUACUUUACAAAGCAUUCCACAUUUUGCUCCAUGAGGGAGAGAGACAAAUCCGUCCCAUUGAUUUAUAGGAACUAUGCAUUUCUGAAUUGUGCAAUCUAGCUAUCUCAUUACAAUUGUUGACUCGCGCAGCUGCAAUAUUAUAAUCUCUUAACAAUCAUAUUUCGAGAAUUAAACUGUUCUUCGUUAUGAAUUUUUAAUUACAUAUUCAAGGUAUUGUGUUUAAA